AUGUCUGAAUUAGAUCCAACGAUAAACCCUCUUGCUCCCAAAGAUGUGUCCAUGGGCAACAGAGUCAGCGGAAAGGACUGGAAAUUACAGAAGAAGGCUUUCAGGGUCAAGAGUCUUGGUGUCAAGAACAACUGGAAGAAGAAGCAGGAACUAAGGCUCAAGGAGGAGGCAUUUAAGGCCAAGCUCAAGGAGAUGAAGGAGGAGAAGGAGUCGGAGAGAAAAGCACACGCUGAGGAGAUCAAAAGGCGAAGAGAAGCAAAGGAGGAGAAAGAGAGAUACGAGAAACUUGCUACCAAGAUGCACGCCAAAAAAGUGGAGAGAUUGAGAAGGAGAGAGAAGAGAAACAAGAUGUUGAAAGAGCGUUAG